AUGGCUAGUAUGUUGACCGAAAGACUGAAUUAUCGGACCAUUGCAUUAACUAUUAUUGGGCGGAAAUCCCUAGUUACUUCUCCGACAGCAAUUUCAGCCCAAUGGGUAUGGCCGAAGCCAAGAACCUUGUCAUGGCCGAACCCACUUGCCACUAUUCUCUCCCCAACUUUCACUAUCUCCUCCCCUUACCACCAACAUCUCUCCCCUGCCGUCAACCGCUACCGCCUCCAAAUCCUCACGGAACACCACCGCCCUCUCGUCCCUCCUCCCGUCAACCUCUCUAACCCAUCCCCUCCUUUGCGCACCCUCACCAUCACUGUCAAAGACCUCACCUCCCCACUCCGCCACUCCGCUGACGAGUCCUACACCCUUAUAAUCCCCACCGCCAGCCCCACCGCCAGCCUGACGGCGGAGACUGUGUGGGGCGCAAUGAGGGGUCUCGAGACGUUUUCUCAGCUGGUGUGGGGAUCGAAACCAUUGCUGGUCUCUGUUGGGCUCUACAUCUGGGACUCACCACUGUUUGAGCACAGAGGGAUCAUGUUGGAUACCUCUAGGAAUUACUACCCAGUGGAUGAUAUUUUGAGGACCAUCAAAGCCAUGAGUGCUAAUAAGCUUAAUGUUUUCCAUUGGCACAUUACUGAUUCUCACUCUUUUCCUUUAGUGCUUCCAUCUGAGCCAGAUCUUGCAGCCAAAGGGUCUUAUGGGAAUGACAUGCUCUACUCUCCACAUGAUGUUGCGAGGAUUGUUGAGUUUGGUUUGGAGCAUGGCGUCAGGGUUCUACCGGAAAUUGAUUCUCCAACACACACAGGAUCGUGGGCUGAAGCCUAUCCGGAUAUCGUGACUUGUGCAAAUAUGUUCUGGUGGCCAGCUGAAAGUGAAUGGGCUGAUCGGCUCGCAUCGGAACCAGGAACUGGCCAACUAAAUCCCUUGAACCCGAAGACCUACCAAGUUCUCAAAAAUGUGAUUGGUGAUACAGUUGCCUUAUUUCCUGAACCAUUUUUCCAUGCUGGAGGUGACGAGAUCAUCCCUGGCUGUUGGAAAGCCGACCCGGCCAUUCAGUCCUUUCUGUCCAAAAAUGGAACUCUCAGUCAACUCCUUGAGACAUUUGUGAACUCAACCUUCCCUUACCUUGUGUCCCUCAAUCGCACAGUGGUUUAUUGGGAAGAUAUUUUAUUGGACGACAACGUCAAGGUGGACCCUUCAUUUCUUCCACCUGAGCAUACCAUCCUACAAACAUGGAAUAAUGGUCUAAACAACACAAAACUGAUCGUUUCUUCUGGUUACAGAGCUAUUUUGUCAUCCUCAGAGUUCUAUUAUUUGGAUUGUGGGCAUGGCGAUUUUCUUGGGAAUGACAGCCAAUAUGAUCCGCCACCAACAAGCGGUAACAGUGGCGAUGGUGGAUCAUGGUGUGGACCUUUCAAAACAUGGCAAACCAUAUAUAACUAUGACAUAGCAUAUGGAUUGACUCCGGAGGAGACCAAAUUGGUGCUAGGGGGUGAAGUGGCAUUGUGGUCAGAGCAAGCAGACCCAACAGUUUUGGACAUACGGAUUUGGCCAAGAGCUUCAGCAAUGGCAGAGACUUUAUGGUCAGGGAACAAAGAUGAGUCAGGCAAGAAGAGGUAUGCAGAGGCAAUGGAUCGUUUAAACGAGUGGAGACAGAGAAUGGUCACCAAAGGAAUCAGAGCUGAACCACUUCAGCCUCUCUGGUGUGUCAAGAAUCCAGGCAUGUGCAACACAGUCCAUCCAUCUGCUUAG